CCAGUUUAUUCUUACCAUUCCUGAUCACACAGCGAUCAUCAGUUUUAACAUUCCUCUGCUGCAUUUUGAGGAGGAUUGCAGACACAUUAGAUUACUGCGGUUUAAUAUGUCUCGGAUAGAUUAUAGACCGUCGGGUGAAGAGGGGUGAGAGGAGUAGAUUGAAGGUGAAGCGGCUAUCGGUCGGCUCGUGCCUGCAAUCAGCAUGACCAGUCUGUUGAAGAUGCACUGGUCCCCGGAGCACGCCGCCCCCUUAUCUCAAUGGCCUGAGCAGCACCUAGAUGUCACCUCUACCACCUCACCACCGUCUGCCCACAAACACGACCCUUACACCACGGCUGGUCGCCGUGGCUAUGGCCUUGCAGGUUACCCCUGGGCCAGUGAUGACAUAUCGGCCCUUACUGCUUCUUCUCUGCUCAAACGCUACGCUGAGAAGUACUCGGGCUUAGAGCUGUCCUAUGACCGCCCUCCUUCAGGGGCCUACCCUGAGCCUGGGACUUUUCUGAAAAGUGAAUCUGAGCCAUGGGGUCUUGGUCAGGGCAUGGAGUGUUACCCUGUGGAGGCAUUAACUGGCACCAAGGUGGGAAUCCCAUCCACAGGAAGUGUUACAGUAGUGAGCAGUAACUUGGCCUCUGAGUCAGGCUUCAGUGGCGCCGGCUCCUGCGGUGCCCCGCCAUCUCAGGAUUACCCUCCUGCCUACAACAGCACCUACCUGUCCUCAGGUUACUGCCCUCAGCCCGGCGCAGCACUUCCCCCUGCCCCUCUACACUCUUUGCAGGCCACACCCACUCUAGUGCCCAGCUACAGUGCCAGCACUCCUGUUUACAACUACCCCCCAGGGUGCUACCCUCAGAGCAGCCUGUCCUCUGGAUACAGCCACCCCAGUGCCUCCUACCUUCCCCCUGGGAUUAGUGCCCCUACUCCUCUGGCCCCGAGGCCCAACAUGGUGGGGGGCGGUUACAGCUACCAAACUCACAGCCUUGGAGGGAGCUCCGAGGGAGGUGUGCCGCUGAAACGUAAGGCCUUCGAGAUGGCAGAGGAAGGACAGGAGGGAGCGGAGGUGGAGGGAUCUCGCUACAGAAAGUACGGAAACAGUCAUAGCAAGAGUCACGGCAACGGGCACGGCAAUGGCUACGAUAGGAGCGUCUCUGUCUCAGACCCACAGGCCUACAAACCAGGAAAGCCCAUGAUGUCACCCUCCUAUGGCGGGGCAGGGGACUACAGCCCACCGUCAGGCCUGGCAGGAGAGAGUGCCUCAGCGGAGCACAGCUUUCCUCAGCAACAGAGAAUGUCUAUGAAGAUCCCCGCAUCACACACACGAUCUGAGGACCCCGCUGCAGGGCGCUGACAACAGGGAGGAUCUCUCUUUGAAACCAACCAGGGUUCUUUAUCUAGGGAACAACAUUGGAUUUGUCAAUGAAAGAUUUAUUUUCACUAGUGUACACAAGACUAGUAUUUCUUGUGCAUCUUUAAUAUUUUCAUUAUUCCUGUUUUUCCAAAGAUUCACAGAGGCAUUUUGCCCAGUAAGGUUGAGGUAAGUCUUAGGGGUGAGGUUAAGGCAUUCUCUAGAUAGCUUUAAGACAGUCUAAAAGUGUGAACAUCUGUUUCUCUCAGGAUCCUAUUUAUUUCCUUUUCUUCUACUGCUGCAGCUUCACUGCAACGUUGCUGUUUUAGAAGUUGGUGUAAUUAUUUGUGGCCAUUAUGUAUGUAAAAGGCCUUUGACUGCAAUACUUUUAACCACACCACAGAAAAUCAUUACUGACCAAAAAGUAAGGAGAGCAAUAACAGAGAUGGUGAGAUUGCCAUACUACUUCAGCACAAUCACUGCUACUUUACACAGCUGACCCUGAGGCUUGGCGUGUUGCCCUGCCUCGAAAAAUGAAUGUUUCCCUGCUAAUCCCUCGCUUUCUCCCCACCUUUACUCACUCUUAAUUUUCUUCCAGUUUUUUUUCAGAGUUCUUUUCACGUUCUUUAUCUUAUUCUAUCCCGGUGUCCUAUUUUUUUUUUUCCUUCACUGUCGAGUUAAUACAUAACAAGCUGCUUAUCAAAUGAUUACAAAUAGAGUACAUGAAGCCGCCCUUUAAAAUUGUUAUGAUGUAAAAAGACAAAGUGAGGAAAUAAUCUAAAAUGUAAUGUUCAUUUAAAAAUGUAUUUAGCAUUCACAAAAUAACAGCAGAUGCAGAUUGUCUAAAAAGCGUGUAGCUUACAGUCAAAUUUCUGCUCAUCUUGAACCAAACAGCUUUAGUUCUAAGGAACCUGCAGAUAAACGUGCAGCUUACACAUUUACUAUUAAGAUGAUUGCAAGAAAUAGCGACUGUAUAAAACAAACAACAACAAUGCCUAAGUCUGCAUACUAUAAGAACUUCACUCAGAGAAAACAGUUUAACCGCCUGUUUGUUACUUCUGUUUGGAUGCACAGCCCAGACUGAGAGUCUCAGCAGAGGAUAAGUGCUUUUGAGUGAGUGCCUCAACUGUUUUUGCUCGUACAUUGUUAAGGAAGAUCCACCUGCUUGUUUGCUAUAUGAUUUACUUUUUUUUUUUAAAUAUGCAUUCUCUUUACUUUUGCCUCUCAAAAGGAUGAUUACAGUCGUGUUAUUGAAUACUCAGGAAGAAUAUUGUUACCUCAGAAUGAUAAAAUAAGAAUGUAUGUUAUUACCUUAGGGUGUUUGUAGGGAGCUUUAUGGAGCAAGAUGAAAACGGAGCCAUUGCUUUUAUCAAGAGCAAAACAAACUCUGAACUCUUCAGGGAAACAACACACUUACAAGGCCUUUGAUACUAACAGUAGAAAAAAGAAACACAAAUACAUGCAAAAACACACACACACACACACACACACACACACACACACACACACACACACACACACACACACACACACACACACACACACACACACACACCUUCUUGGCUCUGGGAAAAUUAAACUUGAGGUUUUUGUACCAAGGCCUGAAAUGUUGAAUGUAAUUCAGAUAUUUUUUUUAAAAGGACAAUAUUCGCCAUAAUGUACAUCAAUGAUGUUUUUAGAUAUAUGAAACAUAUUUUCUUCAUGUAUAGAUGUAAUUCUCUUAUAGGUUUUGGUGGAGAAAUUAAUGACGUGUUAAGUGUUAGUGUAGUUAGCUGUGGGGAGACGUUUUUUUUUCGCGGAAAAAUUGUGAGCACUCCUGAAAAAACAUCUUUGACGUAUCAAGACAUACAAUUAUUACAAUAUAUGCUCUAUAAUAGGUAUGUUUAUUAAAUGUCUUAAUAGUGUCAAAUCUCCAGUUUCUUAAAUUAGUAUUUUAAACUGCUUGGCACACUUCCACCAGUCAAUCAGCUUAAUUUGAGCUUUAACAUGAAUUGACACUAUGAAGAAGGGAGAAGUUAGAUAUUUACGAAGUAUGUGCACUCUGAAAAUAUGUACAGUUACAACUGUAAAUCUUCAUUUCCACCAAGUUGUAGCUUUAUAACUCCACAAUCCCUUCAUACUUUUUGCCAUAUUUUUGUGGAAAAACUAAAGAACAAAUAACUCAUGCCAAAAAGCAUGUGCAGAGAGCGGCUCCCCUUUAAAAUAGAAAUAUUUAGGCUGAAAUGCAGCUUAAGAUUAGUCUUAAAUUUAAAGUGUUUAAAAGGUAUUUUAUUUGGAAGUAUAUUCAUUAAAUUCAACUGGAUGAAGAAAUACCUGCAGCACACAAAUAUUACGUUUUAAAAUAUGAUUAAGAAAAAGCUAAUUAACAAAAAGGUGUUACACAAAGCAUUAUGUAUUCUUACCCCCAGAUUUUAAAAGUAUUUAAGCGCUUAGCUAAAACAAGUGAAUGCUCUUUAACGCCUCACAAAGAAUGUGCUCUACAUGAACCUACACACUGCAACAAACGACAGUAUAUGCGGUUUUUUUGGUGUUACUCAUUCAUGAUUCAUUGAAGUUAUAAGUUGAAUGUGUCUAACUGACAGAAAAAGGCGUUUCAUUGUUAUAUAUCAGUUCAGUUAUCUUUUGUUGUAUCUUGUACAUUCUCUGUAACCAUUUCUACCUCAUUUUGAAGACAUUGUACAUGGAAAUAUUUAUUUCAUGUCAUUUCACAUGCCAGUUUAGGAGCAAUGUUUCCAAUUGUUUUGACCUGUAAAAAGUCUACCUCACUAAAGGCUGUUGUGUUAUGGAAAUGAAGAUAUCACACCAAAA